AAUCCUCUAAAGGUAAAGAGGCGCUUGCCCUGAUGCCCCGAUCUCCUCAAACCCUAGCUGAUCUGAGGGCAAAGAGGGCGCUCAAUUCCUGGCUUCGCCUCGCGGCGUUCUCACCUUUUGUUCAGACAUGAAGGCUUGCAAGCAGAUCGCAUCCAUGGGAGCCGCCGUCACGGACGAGGCCGACAGCAAGGCGGCAGCGAAGAGCGAUGCAAUCCAAUCGAGGAAGGGGAAGAAGGCCAAGGGAAAGUUGGCGGUGAGGAGCAAUGGAGCGGAGAAGCCCAAGACCCAUGACCUUUCUGAUGUUACACGCGGGUUGGCGGUGAUGGGCAUUGUAGAGGAAAUGUCAGAGGAUGAAUUGCUCGCCUUGUACUGCUACCGGGAUAUCUUUUGGAUGAACAACUUCCCUGGCGUCUAUGACAAGCCGUCCGUACAUGCUAUUCGAAAGAAAGCCACUGAAAACUGGAAAUUCUUUAGCGAUUCGGAGAAGGCCCCUUAUCUAGCCAAGGCACGUGUGACCAAAAUACUCCUAGCUGAGCAUAAUGAGUUCAAGAAGACACUCCAGUUGACGUACGCGAUGACGAACAAGAUGGUGAAUCUGAAAGUGUGAACACACCAGAUCUCUAACAUGUGUUUGAAUAGAAAUGUCUCGGUAGAUCGCACAACCAACACCGCAACCAGACGGCACUUGGUGGGUUCAGAUGCAAAUGCAGUUCAAGCUGCCAUAUGGACAACACUAGUAUUAAAUAUGUUUGUCGGCGCCUAAUUUUAGAUGUUGAACUCCUUUUGCAUAUUGUGAUGUGAAUCAUUUGGACUAAUCGUGUGUCUGAACAUUAUUUCCGUCUCUGAUAUUGUUCCAAAUUAUACCCCAAGAUUCUUAUACAUAGAACCUAAUCAUAAUGUGUACAA